AUGCAAGACUUCUGCCGCUUUCUCCAAGAUGGAUCCAGGGAAGGGACUUUAGUGCGUCGAUCCCUGGCGAGUUUGGAGGUCUUUCACGGUGAUGGCUUCUCUUUGCAAGCCGAGCUAUGCGACAGUUUUGAUGACCUGAACCGAGACUGGAUCUCCUCCUCAACACUGGCCGCCCUUGAAGGACCAGCCCCGUGCAAGCCUGGGCAGGGGCUGCCAAAGCUCGCACUGGAUGAAGCGCUGCAGAUGCAAGAUAUGCUGAUUGCUGGAUACUCUGCACCAGAGUUUCAGGCAGAGUUACAUCGGCGCUGGGAGGCGGCCGGUGGCACGGAGCUUUUGCAGGUCAAGGCUCGCCAGGAGGCCUGCGCUCAGGUGCAAUACCCAAUUCUUCAGCACUUUGGAUUUCAGCCGUCGCGUCGUGGCGUUGCACAAAGUGUGGCCGCUUUCAAGGAGCACAACUCCCAUCCAGAGGUAGCCGCCCGAAAUGCAAAGCUGCACUUCCUGGUCAAUCCGCCGGCUCAAGAUGAAGAUUUCAAGCGACUCAUGCAGAUAAAGCCCAGUGGUGGUUCUCCACCCUAUGCCGCCCUUCGUUUGCCAUCGCUCUACCAUGAAGACCACGAGCUGGUGAGAUUGGUCCGCCAAGGCCUGCUGGGGCAACUGCGAGCUGCCGUCGAACACAGGCUUUCGAAUCCGAACACCAUCGUUCCUGAAAAGCUGGGCUUCCUUUGUGAGGCGCGGACCCGGUUUUACUUCAUCGAGGAAAAGACAGCAUUGAUGGUCGCUGUUGAGGAGGGCAACCAAGAGGCAUUUGACCUUCUACUCGGCUUCCACCACCUCCUCGAUGUCAACGUCAUUUGUCGUGAGUGGUCUCUUUCAGCAGCGUACAAGACAUACACCGCUCUAGAUAUAGGCCGCCACUGUGUUCGUGCGGGACAUCCAAAGUGUGCCAAGCCAAUGGUGAGACAACUGCUCGCUCAAGGGGCGAAGUCUGCCGAAGCCUUAGAAGUUCCGCCCGGACGCCAGAACCCCUUUCUGAAGUGGAGAGAAUACUUUCCGGAUGCCAAGCUUGACAACAUCGGCGCGGAGUAUGCCACGGGUGAAGGAGAGGAUGUGAGACCGGAUGCUGGGCCACAGCCUUCCACAAACCAGCGUGAGGCAUCGCCGGUUCGCUACUCGCGCAUUCCCCCCAAGACUCUCCCUGGCUUCGCAUGGAACUUUCCUGAUCUUGCUGUUGAAGAUGACAUGGAGUUCUCAGCAGUUGUUGCAUCGAUUAAGAAGAGUCUACGCGCUCAAUCAUGUGCAGAGGCAGAGGACAGGCAACGACUCCUUCGCCAGCUGUUUUUAGAGUGGCACCCUGAUAAGCGAAGAGGAGAGGUAGCAUUAGCCACGAAAGUCUUCCAAUGGCUCCAGCGCUUGAAGGAGCAGGCUACUUAA